CCAACACACACCCCCAAAACCAAAAAAGGAAUAAAAUUUCCCUCAUAUAUUUCUUUGCCAAUUUUUAUAUUCAUUGCUUUCUGGGGGCCAGUUGGAUCAUUCUCCUUUUGUUGAAUUUCAAAGGAAAAUUUGAAAAGAUUUUUUCUUUGUACAUAUAUUGUUGAUCAUGGUAUCAACAAAGCAAGUCUGGAUAAUUAUAUUCAAGGAAAGGUUGAGAUUUUGAUUCUCUGAGCAAUUAAUAUAUCUUAUGUUUUGAUGGGGAAUACAUGCUCUGGACCCACUUUGAACAAAGAUUCAGCAGAUUCAUCAAAGACAGAUGGAAAAGGCUCUGAUUCUAAUAAUGUCCAAAACACCCCUCCUCCACAUCUUCAGAUACCUGGAGAUCAGGAUGAAAAAUCAAGAAAUUCCGAAAAGGACGACAUGAACGACACUGUUGUGGAGGAUGUGAAAAGAAACAAGUCUAGUAAUCUUAAGCGAGUGAUGAGUGCAGGCCUCCAAGUUGAUACUGUUGUGGGACGAAAAACCGUCAAUUUGAAAGAAAUUUAUAGUUUAGGAAGGAAAUUAGGACAAGGGCAAUUCGGGACAACAUUUUUGUGUGUGGAAAAAGCUCAAGGAAAGGAAUUUGCAUGUAAGUCAAUUGCUAAAAGGAAGUUGACAACUGAAGAAGAUGUGGAGGAUGUAAGGAGGGAGAUUCAGAUAAUGCACCACUUGGCAGGCCAUCCUAGUGUUGUACAGAUUGUUGGUGCUUAUGAGGAUGCUGUUGCUGUUCAUGUUGUAAUGGAGCUUUGCGCUGGUGGGGAACUUUUCGAAAGAAUUAUAAAGAGGGGGCAUUAUACAGAGAAGAAGGCUGCUGAACUUGCAAGAGUAAUAGUAGGUGUUGUAGAAGCAUGCCAUUCACUCGGUGUUAUGCAUAGGGACCUCAAACCUGAGAACUUCCUUUUUGUCAAUGAGAAAGAGGAGUCCUCAUUGAAGACCAUCGACUUUGGCUUAUCUGUCUUCUUUAGACCAGGUGAAACCUUCACGGAUGUGGUUGGAAGCCCUUACUAUGUAGCACCAGAAGUCCUGCGGAAGCGUUAUGGUCCAGAAUGUGAUAUUUGGAGUGCUGGAGUAAUUAUUUAUAUACUUCUUAGCGGUGUGCCUCCAUUUUGGGAUGAAACGGAGCAAGGAAUAUUUGAACAGAUUGUGAAAGGGGAACUUGACUUAGUAUCCGAACCUUGGCCAGCUAUAUCAGAAAGUGCCAAAGAUCUAGUCAGAAAAAUGCUUGUGAGAGAUCCCAAAAAGCGGUUGACAGCUCACGAAGUUUUAUGUCACCCAUGGGUCCGUGUAGGUGGAGUUGCUCCAGAUAAGCCUCUUGAUUCUGCUGUUCUUUCUCGUCUCAAUCAAUUUUCUGCAAUGAAUAAAUUAAAGAAGAUAGCAAUCAGAGUUAUUGCUGAAAAUCUGUCUGGUGAGGAAAUUGCAGGAUUGAAGCAAAUGUUCAAAAUGAUAGACACAGAUAACAGUGGACAUAUUACGCUGGAGGAACUGAAAAAGGGUUUAGAAAAAGUUGGUUCCAAACUUAAGGAUUCAGAAAUAAACAGUUUAAUGCAAGCGGCAGAUAUGGAUAAUAGUGGUACCAUUGACUAUGGCGAGUUUAUCGCUGCUAUGCUCCAUCUAAAUAAAGUCCAGAAGGAGGAUCACAUGUAUGCCGCUUUUUCAUAUUUUGAUCAAGAUGGUAGUGGAUAUAUCACACAAGAAGAGCUCCAACAGGCUUGUGAGAAGUUUGGUUUGAGCAAUAUUCCCAUGGAAGAACUUAUGCGUGAAGUUGAUCAGGAUAAUGAUGGGAGCAUUGACUACAAUGAAUUUGUAGCAAUGAUGCAAGAUACUGGUUUUGGUAAGAACGGUAACAAGAGAGUGUGAGAAUUGUCACUCCAGAGGCC